AUGGAGAAUUUAUGGCCUUAUACUUUCUUUGAUAAACUCCAAGUUGAUUCAUCAUCUCAUCCAAUUCUUUUGAUUGAAGCACCUCGUAAUCCUAAGGAAAAUCGAGAAAAACAGCUGAAAUCAUGUUUGACUGUACCUGCCAUGUUUCUUGCUAAUCAAGCUGCUCUUUCAUUAUAUCCUGCUAAUCGAACAACCGGUGUUGUAGUUAAUUGCAGUGAUGGAGGUUGCUAUGCAGUUCCAAUUAUUGAAGGAUACCCAUUUUCACCUGCUGUUUCACAAUCAAAUGUUACUGCUAAGGAUCUCUCUCGAUAUCUAGGGAUAAUGAUAAAUGAGGAGGUACCCGGACAUGAUAAAUCUAUGGAUAGGGUCAAUCGCCUAUCUGAUGACAUAAUGAAUAAAUAUUGUUAUAUUGCACUGGAUUUUGAAAAGGAGAUGGAGAUGGCGAAACAUAACUCUGCAAUGGUCGACGAGUCCUACGAAUUACCUGGUGGGAAUAUAUUGACUAUUGCUUCACAGAGGUUUCGUGGUCCUGAAAUACUAUUCAGUCUUGAAAGUUUAAGCAAUCAUGAAAUGACCUACAAUUCUAUUACGAAAUCUGAUGCGAAUAUAAGAAUAUAG